UAUGAGAUUCUCAGACCGAAAGAAAACACUCUCAGAUUCAACGCCGAAACCCAACGCCGACUGCAGCUUCCGGCGCCGCCUUCCAACGUUCCCUUCAGACAUCAAUCGCCACCUCCGCUCCAAGGCUUCGACGAAACAACAAUCGAAAGUUUCAAUCACAGAUCUGAUCUUCUCUCAUAGCAGAAGAGUAGAAGAAGUUGCAGAGCUGAAAACAGUUUGCCAGCAUGGAAACCGGCAAAGAAGAGGAUCCUGUUUUUCUUGACCGUGCAUCCCGAGUAACGAGAGGCAAACGAAUGAACAAAUUGCUUGAUGACGAGAAUGAAGAGGAUGAAACGUUCUGGAAUCAGGAGGCUCUCAAAGAGGAAGAAAAUGAUGAAAAUUACGAAGAAGAAGGGGAGGUUGUGGAUGUUUUUGACAGUGACUUCGAUGAUGAUGAACCUCAACCAGAUGAAGAAGUAGAAAAUGAGGCAGAUGACAGAAUGCGGACAAAGAAGAGACUAAUAUUUCCUGGAAAGCAAUUGCCAAAGAAGAAGACGAAAAAGAAGGUUCUUUCAAAUCUUGGAAAGGCUCCCCAGGAUGAUGAAACUGCUGAGCAGUCUACUCUCCCUGAACAUCAUGAUGCACCUGAUGACGUAGAAGUGGAGAGAAUAGUUAGAAAAUCUACAAGAACUUCAGUUAUUGUUAGGCAAGCUGAAAGAGAUGCAAUACGUGCAGCUUUGCAAGCAACAAUGAAGCCAAUUAAAAGGAAAAAGGAAGGAGAAGAGAAGAGGAUGACCCAAGAAGAGAUGCUUCUGGAAGCAGCUCAAACAGAAAUUAUGAACUUGAGAAACUUAGAACGAGUGUUAGCAAGGGAGGAAGAAGUUAAGAAAAGAGCAGUUGUACACAAAGCAGUUUAUAGUGGCCCUCAGAUACGAUAUCUUUCUAGAGAUGGUAAUUCCUAUCUAGAAUUCAGUAAAGGAUUGUUGUUUCAAUCAGAGAUUUCUACAGUAUCCACUCCUUAUCCGCAGAAGGCCGUGUGUGCGGUUACUGGGUUGCCUGCGAAGUACCGUGAUCCAAAGACUGGGUUACCUUUUGCAACUAAAGAAGCUUUUAGAACCAUUCGUGAACGGUUUUUGGAAGAAAAUAGAAAUGCUAGAGAGAAAAAGAGCUUAGGUUUUCUAUCUGAAGAAAUUUCUGGGCAAGGAUUUUCUGAAAGGCGGAAGAGAUCUGUAAUUCCGAAUAGGAGAGAGACAUCAGAUUUUCGGUACUCCGCUCGAUUCCUUCAAAUUCCAGCUCUUGAAAGCCAAGUUUCGGAGUAGCUGCUGCCAUUAAUUAAAUUUUCUUCCUAGCCCUUUAAAUUUGUAUGUACAUUCUGGUAGUGAUUAGUUAUUAAUUAAUUGUUAUUAUUGUUUCUGGGGUCUUCUUUUGCUCUUGAUCAAAAGAGGAUUUUGCGAAAUGUUUUGUAAGAUAUCAGCAUAAUUUGGUAGAAACAUGAAAUGCAGAUGUAUAGGACAGCAUUUGUUUUUGUUUGUUUUUUAUUUAAUUUGCAUAGUAGCCUUAAUUUUUUACUUA